AUGCCCGUGCUACCAUGGUACAGCCCUCCUUCAGGCUACUGUGCUAGGUCUCAACCCGAAGCCCCGCCAGACUAUGCCUGGAUUGCCGCCUCUUCGCAAACCGAUCAAGCACCAUCGUCGACCUCAUCAGCGGCGCCUCUGGCCACUUCCUCCGCCGUGGUCACGCCAUCUCAUCAGGCCUGGACCAAGGAAGCUCUCCUCAUCAUCGCCAUCGUCCUGGGCGGGCUGGUCGUCUUCAGCCUCUUCUUUGCCAUCUUGGGUCGCAUCAUCGGUCUCAAUCAGCGCUGGAAAGACAUCGACUUGCACGUCAGAGGCGUAGCCAUACCACAACCCCCUCGUUCGCCCACCACGGCCGUCGAGCAGAGCGGACCUUAUGGCCAGCAUGGCGGGUCCGCAAGCACCCUCUUCACUACUCGUAGAAUCAUACCCACCUUGCCUCAAAAGAAGGGUCGCAGACCCAUCGACAGCAGCUCCACUAUCUUCAAUAGCCAUUCAGAGCCCCGGGUCACGGCACAGGUGGACACUGAGAGGGGCUACGAUGAGGUCAACCUUCGCGAGGGUAAUGCAGCCCGCCGCGUGUCUGGUCAAUCCACUACGUCGAGCAGAGUGUGGAGGUGGAUCAAGAGCAGUUUCACCGGUAGCGCACAGCACCAAGAGGAGGAAUCAUCGCUGGGACUACCACGAAGAGCAGAUCUUCAGUCCUUUCUCCGGCCUACGCCCACUGGCCAUACACCUUGGUUAAUACCCUUUGUCAACGCGGCAAACGCUGUGGCGCCAUUCACGGCGCCGCCUCCCGACCUGAUGGCAGCUCCUCGAGGGUACACACUCUUCGAUGCGGAUCGAGCUGCUUCCAAUCGGCUGGCGGCGCUACCCCGUCGAUCUCAGCCGGAAACUCGUGUAGCUUCGUGGCGAGAAGACGUGCCUGACUUUGUAGCCGACAGCGUGAGAAAGGAACAGCGUAAACAAAGCCAGUGGCACCGAAGGCAACCGUCUACACUAGAUCAAGAGGGCUCAAGUAGCUACCUCUUAUCCUGCGGUAGCGGAUCGAAGGCAACAGAUAUCGGUCGUCAGACUUCUUACAACUACCGAGCCACCUCGUUAGCAAUGGCGCCAGGGCCCUCUGAGCCCUCACGACGCUUAGCCUCUGCCCAUGUUCUUGAAGCGGGAAGAAACGGCGUACGCCAUCGUCUUGUAAGCCAGCAGCAACAACUGCGCGCUGCCCCUGCAGUCAUCAUCAGCAGCGCUGAGCCUUCAGAACCGUCAGUCUACUCUAAGGAGUCCGCGCCGCUCUCAGAGGAGGAACAGACUCGGCAGAUACUACAGCGUCUUGAGCGCGGAUUCAGUACAAGGAGUGAAGCCGAAGAGGUCAUCGCAGACUCGCCCACUCUGACAGAAGGUAAUGGCCUCUUGUCGCCAGCUAUUGUCAAGAAUGGCCGGGUAGAAGUGGCAGGAAAGCUGUUGCACGAUGCUCGAGAGCGAGCCGCUCGCAGCAGCAAGAGAACUUCCACUGAUUCGAGGACGGCCUCUUCUCGUGCCUGUCAUACCCUCGGAUCCAGCGUCGACGAGUCUCGCGAAGCGGGACCGUCAUGCUACAGACUAUCUGAAGCGUUGCUCGCAGCCCUCUCGCCGCACUUGCCCGAGUCUGGUGCACGCCUCUGUCAUGACCCCUGCCCACCGGAUCGAUCUUCCUCUCCCAGCCUCGUCGUUGGUACGACGACCAGUGAAGAAGGAAGCGAUGAGGCCAAAGAAGCAGUAUAUGGCUCCAAGGCGAUCGAAGUCUCGCCGACGCUUAUGGUCUCUACACUGGGUAAAGGCAAAGACGCAGAGGUCCACAGCGCUGUCGUCGGCGCUGGUACCGGACACCAAUAUGUCAACUGUCUCUCGCUUCCCCAAAGAGUCUUUCUCCCUGACGAAGCUAAGUCAGCACGUUCGUAUCCCUCGGACGAUGCAGACAUCACUGCCAGGGGGGGCCCUACGCCUUCCAGAAGCAACAUCCCGUCCAAACACCAACGCCGUGAGUCGAGCAUAUCGCCCGCACCCGGCUCGCUUGUGCGUGAUGUUCCAGCCGCGUCUACGCCACCCCGUGCCAGUGGGCGUGCGCUUCUCGUCACUUCGCCUGCCGCCUCCAGUCCCACGUCUGCUUCCGUGAGCCCACUCAAAGGAGCCCCCGAAGCCAUGGCAACGCUUCGUCGCAUUGCCCCGUUGGCCUCUCUGAUUCCAGCAGGCAUGUCUUCACCUCCAGCCGCUUCAUCCCGAGCUUCGAGCAGGACAGGCGGAAAGAGGAGGGUGGUCCGCUGA